AUGGUAGAUGUUUAUAAGAAACCAAAGAAUAUGUACUUAGGAUUGUAUUACGGAAAAGAGUAUUAUAGCAGAAGAAGAAAUAAUAACUAUUACAGAAAUAGCAACAAGUAUAGAGGUUAUAAUUAUAAUUAUAAGCUACAUAAUUAUAAGAAAUGGAAUUGUUAUAAGUUGCAAGAUGAAGAGGAGCACAAACAGCAAGGAGUGUUGUUAGUAGAUAUACAGAAGGAAACCAAGAAAAGCGUCGUGGAAAAAGAAGAGAUCAAAGAGGUGUUGAAGAAUGAGAUGAACAAGGAAUCUAUGAAAAAAGACUUGGACAAAGGAGAAAAUUCGAAAAAUGCAGAAAAAAAAAAUGAACAUAAUAAACACAGGGACAGCACAAUAAAAACAGAAUGCAAAAAACGAAAAGCCGAAAAAGGAAAUGAAAAAGAUGAAAUGGAAGGUAGAGAAAAGAAAAAAGAAAUGAACAGGAAAAAAUGUAUUAUAAAAAUACUGAAAAGACCAAUCGAAGUUGCGAAGAAUGAUGAAGGAAAGGAGAAAUUUUCUGCGAUCGAAAGUAAAAAUGUUUUAGAGGGAAACCAUAAAACGGGAGAGAAAAAGAGAAAAAAAAAAGGAACAGAAAAAGGAAACGAAAAAGGAGAAGGAAAAAGAGAAGAAAAUACCAAACAAAGUGAUAUAGAAAAAAAGAACAAAACGAAAAAAUCGGACAAAAAUAUAACCAAGGCCAAAAAAGUAAAGGAAGCAUUCAAAUUUACAUCUACACAAGAAUUGUUUAAUUUACUUUUGAGAGAUGUUAAGAAUCAUUCUGUUGACGAAGAGGAAAAAAAGAUUACUACGAAUAAUGAUACAGCAGCAGCAACACCAACUGAUAGUUCAAAAUUGGAGAACGAAAAUGAUAUCCAGAGGAAAAUCAUCAAAAAGGGGAAAACCAAUUCUAAUAAGAAGAGUACAGGAUGUGCAAACGCAAGUGAAAGUGAAAAGUAUAAUAAUUUUCAUGGUAAUAGUGAUCAUGUCCAAAAUCAUCGAGAAGGAGAUAUAAGUAUUGGUGGAAAUGAUCAAGGAAAAAGUACUAAUAAGAACAAGGAACACAAGAGUAAUUCUACACGGAAGAAUGAUAAAAACAUUGUGGCAGAAGAUGAAUGCACAAGUGGCAACAAUAUGAAGAGUGUUACAAUUUCUGUAACGAAUAAUAUUUCUUUAAAUACAUCGGAUAAACACUGCACCAAUCAAACGAAGAAGAAGGGGUUACAUAACAAUAAUAAUAUUAAGGAAAAUUGUAUAAUAUUAAAAAACAAAAGAAUUGUCAGUAGUACAAGCAAGUACCACAAUAUAAUGAAUAUUGGAAGUAAUACAAGCAGAGGUAGAAAAUUAUUAAAAAUAAUUAAAAAUGCAGAAAAUGGGAAAUGCCAUUAUGCUGGUAGGAAAACUCUCAUGGAAGGAAGUAGUAGUAGAAAUAUCCCAAAAGUUUAUGAUUCCAUCGAUUAUAAUUUGAAAUAUGCCACUUCGAAGUAUCCGAAUUUUACAACUAGUGCUAAUUUGUUAAAUCACGUAUAUAAGGAAGAACUAUGCAAAUAUAAUAGUUUAAAAAAUGACGAUACUAGGAAAGCAAUUAAGAAGGAUGAGGAAGAAGGUUUCUUUGCGAUUCCCAUAUACAUGAGAUCCCCCAAGCCCGAGCAAAUUCCUAUUCCUGCUUAUCUGUCAGAGAUAGUCAACAAUAAAGAGGAAGCGAAGGAUAGUAGCGAUCACACAAAUGACAAUUCAAGCGGAAAUACGAGUGGAGAUAGCUCCAAAACGAUUAAGACUAAGGAAACAAAGGCUCAUGACAAAAAGACCAUAAGUCACACAAGAAAUGCAAAAGAAGUGGGAAAUGAAAAUAUACGUAAAGAGAACGAUAAAGGAUCAAAUUUUACAAACAGAAAUGUAGAAAAAAAAAAAAAAAAAAAAAAUAUUUUUUUGAAUAAAAGUUGUAUAUCUUUUAAUGCAGACCAAAAUAAUAAUGGAAAACAAAAUUACGAUUGGUUGAAUGCAGAAAAUGUUAAAAAUAAUAAAUUUUAUAAUAUACAUUCAUCUUAUAUGAAACCUUCGAAUUAUAAUGGAUGUAAUGUGUAUAGAAGCACAAAGAGUUUCAAGGUUAACAAAUAUUUUUACAAUAGGAAUUAUAAAGUUAAGGCAUAUUUGAGUGACAAUAACCAGAGGGGGAAAAAUUUUAAUCCCUUGAAGGAGUUAAAAAUUGCUGUGUAUUGA